GGGGUUUGUUCCAUGCUCAAAUUCAUUCGUCCUCCAACUAAAAUCAUCUUACAUUUUGACUUGCAAUCUGACAUACAUGCGCUUGGUUGUCUGCCUGUCACUGUCUCAUGAUGUAUGUAUCCAUUACAUGUAUUGAUUCACUCCUUCAAACAUCCAACCAAUCAUCCCUGCGCCAAAGUCCCUACUACUCUUUUGCGCCAACGUGAGAAAAUUGGAAAGACAAGGGUAAUCUCCAAGAUUGCUUAUCCGCAUGUACUCAAGUGGUCAUCACAGCACCCACUUUCACCAUCCUCCUCGUGAGCUUUGCGCCCACGUACAUACGAGAAAAGCAGGCUGCGGCGGCAUGGUUUUACUCUUCAUACGAGGCGACCGCAGACACGCGUCGGGAUACAACCAACUUUAUGUACCAAGCCCACAUACGUACGUACUCGAUUCCGCCAGCUAUCGCUGAUCAGGUAAGCCUGUCUCGCUACAAAAGAUUUAUGCGUUACAGGUUUGCAUGCACUGCACAUCUUGUCCGAGCUGUCGGAGAUAGCAUCUCGAGCUUUCCGCUACUAAGAAAAAAGUAAAGAGAGACGAGACAAGUCACUCAUUCCCUGGGUACCUGGCCACUGAGGCUCUCAUUGGCGAUGUGUGCAAGGGAACUUCCUCUACUGCACGUAAGUCGCCUGGACUUGCAUACUGGUAUAUUCACAACUGGGAAGGACCCGUACCUGAGGUCGAGAAUACGAUGAUGGACGCCAUCAUAGUGUUGACGAAUGACCUACACGGUGAUACAUUGUCAGCCUGGCCAAUGUCAUAUCAAAAGAUUCCUUUGAAAUCAUCAAUAGAUUUUGCAUUCUUUUGACUGGCAAGUUAUAAGACAAUAUCACGAGAGUCUUGGCCACGACAUAAGCAGAAGAACCCUCGGCUCUAUCACGAAUUACACAACAAGGCUACUUACGUCCAUAUGUAUGCACCCGGUACGCAGCAAUCAAUCAAGUUGGCUACUGAAUCGUCUUCUUAUGCCUCCUUGUACGAAAUUAGACACGCCAAUUUUGAUUUUCGCAACCUGCUACCAAGGUUUGUCCAUGUCCCUCUGGCGCCUGUUCGGUACGCCAGUUGCUUUUUUAGCCAAGCAAGGUUGCAGCCAACGGAAUGCAGUGACAGGCUUGUGCACAAUUGACUUCCUAACGGCAAUAAGCCUCUUGCACCACAGGGCCUGGACGACGACUUUUUCUGUCAUCAUCUUUACACAUUCUCCAUUUAGUUCUCGGUGAAAUCAGGCGCCCUUCAGUGGGAAGGACGGUCUAGGAACAGACAGACACCUAUGCUUGCAUCAAGUUUACAAGGACUUUGUAAAAGGGCAUCAAACCGACUCCGGACCAUGUGUCGAUUGUUAGUGCUACAAGUUAACUCAACUACUUGGCGCGCGGACGUGCCGGUAUUGUCUUGGGCUGGCUGACAGCUCGAGGUUUGCGAGAUGCAGAUUCGGUGCCGUCAACAAUUAACUGGUCACUUCUGGGUUGCCCCGGUUGAGUUUUUGGAUCAUCGUCCCUAGUCUCUCUUUGUUGGAAGUGUGAUGACAGGCUGGGCUCCGUUCAUGGCGCUGUCCAGCACCUCAGGGCGAUGGAAAUGCCCGCAACGGCAGGGAUUCCCACCGUUCAAUGCCAGGUUAUCGGAUGGGGCCAGACGGUGGCUUCUAACUACGUGCUACGGAUACUACGUACCUCAUUCAAUGGUCGAUAAGACGGAUUCAAAUAUUUUUGUUCCACUUAGAAGGAAUUUCAGUCCAGCACUGUAGCAAACGACUCGGUGCCAUACCAAGGAUCCGGGAGACCUAAUAUGCCUGCCGAAGGGACGCUGGCUCAGCAGGCCCACCAACUGCGUCCAUACAGCACAGAGUAUUACGAAUGCUACACCACCAAAGAAUGAGCCAUAAUCCCAAUAUGCUCAUUGCAGUGUCUCAGAAAGUCAUGAGGACUCAGGGAUGAAGCAAAAGGCUUAUAUCUAAAGCACGGUGCUCGCGCUCUCAUGCUGGGUGACAAAGACGCAGAAAAUUACUUUAGCCGUUAAUAGUUCGACGAGCGGCACGGAUUUACGGCGCCUCUCAGCGAAUGGGUGUUGAUCCCAUUUGGAAGGGAAUGGACUUGUCCCUUGUUGUGGGGGUACAUGACAGCUAUGUUUGAUUCCUUGCUACUGCUAUUGCCCUCGGGCUUGAAAGCUGGGACCAUUUUUGUUCCUUUCUCAGCCAUGCGGUGCCGGAAGUUCUGGUGCAUUUAUUCUCCUGAACCAUGACUGAACUUGUCUCGCAAUCUAACGAUGGCUGCCGCCUCAAUAUAUUAAAAACACGGCUAGCCGACCCCAAACCAACCAAAGCCAAAGGUGAUCACUGCACGAGCUGCACAGCAUAACACAACAGAGCAGUGAAUGAGAACGGAGCGGGAUUAUCAAUGAAUGGGGCAGGGAACCUGGUGAUUAUUUACACGCGGCCUUCAUUCACGCAUUCACGUUCCUGAAAGGGUCAAGCAGGGACCAGUAGUGGAGUAAGCGCCGUGCAUGGCUCAAGGCUCCUAAUGGUUCUUCCUCAUGAUUGACGGACAACUCAUGAGGCAAGCAGCAUUUCAAAGAUGGAGUUGCACCACUGUUGCGGGUUGGGUAAGUACAAAUAAGUGAAGGUUCCGACACACCAUCUGUUUGGAUGGCUCAGGACUUGUUGGACAAGCGAGCAUGCACCACAAUGAAUACCUAGUUAAUUGGGAAACGAUGAGUUGAUGAACUCAGGUUGAUACAUACGGCAGUCCACAACACAAAUUAUUACAGUACAUAGAACAACAGCACUGUAACUUACUGUAUCCGUACAGGGCCGAUGGAUGAUAGGCUUUGUACCAGUCCUAAACCGACAUACGCCCAAUGAACUUUCAUUGAUGAUUCGCGAGACACUCCACAAUGGUUGUGUUUGUCGAAACCUCCAUCUUUUCAUAUCAAGGAUCUCGCAUACGGAUACAAGCCCCAGGCUUCAUGGAUGGGCUGAGAGGAAUCCAGCAUGUGCACAGAGGUGUGCAGGUCAAUCUCACAAGGCUUUCAGGAACGACGCACUCAUCUGCCGCCUGUUUUUAUAUCCAUCCUAGCUGAAUAGGCUUCGUUACGAGUCUCACUCUCAUCAUCUUCAUUUACAUUCAAUCCCCAUAUCAAUAUCAAAACCAAUACCGCAAGUAUCCCUUGAGCAAGGUCCCGCCGCCGCUGACAAGGCCCCCGUCAGGCCCGCCCACAGCUUCGAGUACGGCACCGACCGGGCGACCCCUAGGGCGUUCCAGGGGCGACUUUGAACGAAUUUGAUGCUCCAUUAUCCAUUAACAAUUGAGCUGGGGGGCUUAGAGUGCAGUUGAUGAAUGGUAGGUUCCAGCACCCAGGACUCCGCUGUCUAGCGGGCUUGGAUUCAAUAGAGCUUGGAGAGGAGUGGAGGAAACGAGAGUUUUAGCGGCGAGUGAGGGGCGUGUGGAUUCUGGGCCAUGCCAUGGGGCGUGUGAUAGCCGCAAUAAUGGAUAGGAGCUAACACAAGGCAAAGCACCUCACCUCACCUCACGGAAACCGGGGUUGUCGCUGGGUGCGGUGUCAGCUGGAGAGCGCCACGAUGGCCCCGGUCUAGUCCGUAGUAGCAGGUCUAGCAGAGGCUCGCGACAUGGCCGACACAGGAUUGUCAUGUCGGUGGUACCGGGCUUUGUAUGGGUUUGUCUGAGAACUAACAAGUAUAGCCAUACAUGCCCGGCUAGUACCACAGGACACGGAGCGCAACCUGGCCUAGUCACGGCCGGGCGGGUGUGCGUGUGCAAUGGAUGUCUUGUCUGAGUCUGAGGUCUGAGAAUAUGAAUGAAUGAGUAAGUGAGCAAGUGAGUGAGUGAAUGAAUGAAAGAGAGUGAAUGACCGAAAGAGUACAUACAUACUGUACG